AUAAUCAUUUCAUUUCUUCCGCUCUGCAUGGCGCGCGUGUAUACAUACAUACAUACAUAUAUGUUUGUGUUUCUUGAAUUUCUUGUUCCAAAUUUGAGCGGUUUGAAUUAUCUAAAGAAUCUCAUCAGUUUAGUUUGAUCCAUUAUUAAGACCCGUUCAUUUUAUUUGAUUUCUUUGGUGAUAUGUCGACUGAAUAUUACAAUGAAUCAACCCCAAAGUUAAGCAUUGCAAUUCUUGCAGUCGGAACGAGAGGCGACGUUCAACCUUUUCUGGCUGUCGCAAGGAGACUUCAGGAAUACGGUCAUCGUGUGAGGUUGGCAACUCACUCUCAAUUCCAUGGAUUGGUGAAGUCGGCCGCUGUAGAUUUUUACCCACUUGGUGGCGACCCUCGAGUUAUAGUCCAAGGUUUCAUGAAGACUCAAAACUUACUAUUAACUACAUGGCGAGAUAUAUCUACACAGUUAAAACAGUUAAAAGCCGUUAUGGAAUCUCUUCUUCCAGCCUGCACACAACCCGACCCGAUUACCGGUGAACCGUUCAUGGCCCAGGCAAUUAUUGCUAAUCCUCCUACUUACGGACGUGUAGAUGUGGCUGAAGCUCUUGGUGUUCCCCUUCACAUCUUCUUCACAGUUCCUUGGACGCCUACAUGUGCCUUUCCUCACCCUUUCAUACCCUACAUAUCUCAUAGAGCUGGAUAUUGGCUAUCAUAUGUUGUUGUUGAUUUAGUGAUAUGGUGGGGGCUAAGAGGUUACAUUAAUAAGUUGAGGAAAAACAAGCUUAAUCUUGGCCCUAUUAAUGGACUCUUCAACACAAACCAUGUCUCUAUUUCUCAUCUCCCAACAACUUACAUGUGGAGUCCCUGUAUACUGCCCAAGCCCAAUGACUGGGGCCCACUAGUUGAUGUUGUGGGCUACUGCUUUCUGGAGCUUGGAUCUAUAUACGAACCUCCUCAAGAAUUUGUGGAGUGGAUGCAAAAGGGAGCUGCACCAAUUUAUAUCGGAUUCGGGAGCAUGCCUCUAGAAGAUCCGGAAAGCACCACAAACAUCGUUUUGGAGGCGUUGAAGAACACAGGGCAAAGAGGAAUCAUUGACCCAGGGUGGGGCGGCCUCGCCAGUCAUGUUGCAGAAGAUGUUUUCUUGAUUUCUGAUUACCCUCACCACUGGUUGUUUCCUCAAUGUUACGCUGUGAUUCAUCACGGCGGAGCUGGAACAACUGCAGCCGGACUCAAAGCCGGGUGUCCGACCACAAUCGUACCAUUCUGCGGCGAUCAAUUCCUGUGGGGCGCCAUAAUUCAUCGGAGAGGAGUGGGACCCGCUCCGAUCUCUAUAUCGCAGCUUAGCGUCGAAUCCCUAUCCGAAGCUAUAAGAUUCAUGCUCCAGCCUCAGGUGAAAUCUCGAGCAAUGGAGUUAGCUGCGUGUGUCGACGCUGAAGAUGGCGCCGGCGCCGCAGCUGCGUCGUUUCAUCGUCAUCUGCGGUUAGAGCUUCCGCCGCCGCCGGAACCGUCUCGGCCGGUUGAAGGUGUGGAUCAUGUGCAGACGUUUUUUGGUUAUGUUGGGAGAUUUUGCUGCCUGUUUUGUUCUUCUAAUUAGGUUGUAAUAUUCUAUUGCUUGACAUGUGUGUAAUAGAUUGAUAAUAGAGAAUUUUAAAUGAUGUCUUCAUAAUACAAAUGCAUCUGCUAAACUAUUAAUAUUA